AUGAAACAAGAUGAAUAUAUUGUUGACAUGAUUACUCGCUUCACCAAUAUUGUUAAUGGCCUCAAAGGCUUUGAUCGUAAAUUUACUAAUGGUGAGCUUGUAAGUAAAAUGCUCAGAUCACUUUCGGAAGAUUGGAGAUCAUUAAAGAUGUUGAUAGAGUAUACCAAAGACAUCAACUCUUAUCCCUUGGAGGAACUCCAUGGAACAUUGAUGACAUACGAGAUCAACAAUGCCAAAACCAAGGAAAAGACAAAGAAAAGAAAGGAAGAAUCAAAAAGCCUCCUAUGUGUCAAAUUUCUCUCAAAUCGACAAUUGAAGAAGGAAAUUCAAGUGAACAUAUGA